AAUAUAAUCAUAUUUUUUAAUAAACAAACUUCAAAUAAGAUAAGAGCAUUAAUUUGCACAGAGGCUACUUAUAAUAUAUAAUACAUUUCAAAGUACAUUAAUAUGACAUAUGUUUAAAAAUAUUUUUAUUUUUGUGAAUAAGAUGGCAGAAACAAAAUGGCACAAAGCAAGAAUAAUAAUAGGGUAAAGAAGCAAAGAAGGAAGGUGAAAAAUUUACUUUGUAUAUUAGAGACCUUUGAGGAUUAUAAUAUAUAUUAUGAAGAUACGAGAAUCAUUACUUCAUUUUAUGCUCUAAAAAUGAAAUAUAAAUUCAAAUAAUACUAUCUUAAUCAUUCUUUUCAGUUUUUCUUAAAAAUAAAUAAAUUGAUGGUGCAUUCUUAUGUGAAGUAUAAGUGAAUUUGCAAGUUUAGAGAAAUACAAGAUUAUAUAUUUCUCAUUAAAUGCAUGAACUAUUCAGCAUUUAGAGAAACAAAUUCUUAACCAAACAUUAUGGAACCAUCCAGAAUCUAAAGUAAAAGGUUAUGAUGUGCACAAUGGAAUAAAUAACUUGAAUAAAGAUAUAUUUUAAGCAAAAGUUAGGUAUUAAAAUUAAACCUUUUAAAAAUUUAUUUAAAGUAUUAAAGCUAACUGAAUAUGCACAGAAAUAUGUGUUUGCACGAGCAGUAAAAGGACAUAAAUAUUCAUUAACAGAAAGUGUUGAGGCAUCGUUCUGUACUUAGGUUAUGCUUAUUCAAUGUUACCUUGCUUCUAAUUAUUCUUCAUUUAACCACUUGUAUCUCAAAGCUUUUCUGAUAUAAAGGAAAAAUGCAGCUUGAAGCAAAAACCAAAUGCUCGAAUGCAUUCAAAUUUAUACACCUGGAUAUACUUUCUCAACUUACAGAGGCACUUUUGUGAAUUACCACUUCAUCAGUGAAAUGAGGUGAAAAACUAACAUUGCUUUUACCUUAGGCAUUCUCGUCAAGGGAACAUUAGAAGCUGAAAAAUGAGACUCUUUUAAGUCUUCAUUUAUCAUAUUCUCCAAAAUCUUAAAGUAAUUGUAUGUCAUUUCACAUAUAAACACAACAUAUCCACUUCCCUGGAUAUUCUAAAAGCAAAAUCACAAACUAUCUGUGAAAACUGUUACAUUAAAAUGUGGAUCAGAACAGCUGUUAGCAUUGUUUUAUUUGCUUUCUUAAAAAUCUAAUGUUAUGAACAUUAAUUAUCCAUAAAAUAUCAUUAUGUAAAAGAGAGAAUUUCUCAAAUCACUUUUUCUCCAAACUAAUUAUAGUCGAAUGAAACCAUGCUUCAUCACUUUAUGAGAAAAGAAGGGACAUAUUAAAAGUGUAAGCUUAGAAGCCCAUCACAACUUAUAAGUAAAUACUGACAUAAAAAUAAAUCUACUUUGACCUGUCUCUGUUCUGCUUGUCACUUCUUCAAGGAUUUUCUGUAACUUCUCUAAUCCUCUUUUGUCUCUCUAUCUUAUGCUCUCCCAAUUCCACACAUUUCUAUUUUAUUCAGAAAUUAACUUAGGGAAACAUGACUUUUUUUCCGCUUAUGCCUGUGGCAUCAUAGAGAUUGCUGAUUUUAGGAUGCUGGCAUUUCCCCAUUUUCUAGAAGACCAUGGUUUCAAAAAGGUGAAACCAUCACUUCUAUGUGAGAACAUGGUAAAUUAGAUAAUUUAUUCACUGACUAUGUCAAUAAUAGUGGAAGAGAAGGAUAGUUUUUGAAACUAUGGGAACUAUUGUCUUAAUUCUUUAAUUCUAGUUAUAUAUAAGUGACAUUAAAAUGAGUUUCACUACAUAACUCAUUAGAUUUUAUUUUUAAUGAAGAUUUCAAACUGAGUUUGAAAACAAUUCAUUUUCUCAUAAAACACAAAAAUGACUGAGACUUUAAAACAUAUAAAUGUAGUCACGUAUAUAAUUGUACCUAGAGUUAUGGAAUAAAUACUUUAAGACUAUUAAGGAAAGUUAAGGUGUUGGCAGUGGAAAGGGGUUCGGGCUCGGGGGGCGGGGGGACGCGGAGCGAUGGCCCGCGCCGGCCGCAGGGGCGGAUAAAAAGCCGUCGCGCCGCGGGAGUGGGCGGGAGGGAGAGGGGGUGUCCGAGGGCCACAAGAGUAUGAGGCGGGUGUACGAGCUGGUGCGGCGGGUGCUGCACGCGCUGCUCUGUCUGCACCGGACGCUCACCUCCUGGCUCCGCGUUCCGUUCGGCACCUGGAACUGGAUCUGGCGGCGCUGCUGCCGCGCCGCCUCUGCCGCGGUCCUAGCGCCGCUCGGCUUCACGCUCCGCAAGCCCCCGGCAGUCGGCAGGAACCGCCGUCACCACCGGCACCCGCGCGGGGGGUCGUGCCUGGCAGUCGCACUCCACCGGAUGCGCUGGCGCGCGGACGGUCGUUCCUUGGAGAAGCUGCCUGUGCAUAUGGGCCUGGUGAUCACCGAGGUGGAGCAGGAACCCAGCUUCUCGGACAUCGCGAGCCUCGUGGUGUGGUGUAUGGCCGUGGGCAUCUCCUACAUUAGCGUCUACGACCACCAAGGUAUUUUCAAAAGAAAUAAUUCCAGAUUGAUGGAUGAAAUUUUAAAAGAACAGCAAGAACUUCUGGGCCUAGAUUGUUCAAAAUACUCACCAGAAUUUGCAAAUAGUAAUGACAAAGAUGAUCAAGUUUUAAAUUGCCAUUUGGCAGUGAAGGUGCUGUCUCCGGAAGAUAGAAAAGCAGAUAUUGUAAUAGCUGCUCAGUACUUUUGCCAGUUAGUAGCCCAGAAGCAAAAGAGACCCACAGAUGUGGAUGUAGAUACGUUAGGCAGUUUACUUAGUUCAAAUGGUUGUCCUGAUCCUGAUUUAGUAUUGAAGUUCGGUCCUGUGGACAGCACAUUAGGCUUUCUUCCCUGGCACAUCAGAUUGACUGAGAUUGUCUCUUUGCCUUCCCACCUAAACAUCAGUUAUGAGGACUUUUUCUCUGCCCUUCGUCAAUAUGCAGCCUGUGAACGGCGUCUGGGAAAGUAGUGGUCAUUGGUUGCAUAAUUUGAUUUGAGGCUUGUGGAGGAAAGGACCCAAGUGACUCUGAUGUUUACAAAGCACCUAUGAAACCCUGUACACACCUAGUUCAUAAUCCUCAUAAUUUAUCAACAAACACAAAAAAGUGUCUUACUUGAGAGUGAGUGUGUGUGUGUGCGUGUGCACGUGCACACAUGUGCACGUUUGUAUGUAUGGAAAUAAACUUAUAAAUGGGGA